CUCUGAGCUGACCGAGUACUUCCGGGGCAGUAGGAACGCCGAGUCGGCGGCGGUGACUGUGCUGAGGGUGGCGGACGUCUAGGUGAUGUCCUAAUCAUGUCAGAUAAAGAUAGUAUUGAGACUCCACUGCUAACUGAAGCAGCCCCCAUCCUUAAAGAUGGAAACUGUGAGCCAGCCAAGAAUUCUGAGUCCGUUGACCAAGGUGCCAAGCCAGAGAGUAAAUCAGAACCUGUGGUUUCUACCCGGAAAAGACCAGAGACCAAACCUUCCAGUGACCUUGAGACUUCAAAAGUUCUCCCUAUUCAGGAUACUGUUUCCAAAGAUGUACCCCAGACCAGAUGGGGUUAUUGGGGGAGCUGGGGCAAGUCCAUACUCUCCUCAGCUUCAGCUACAGUAGCCACAGUAGGACAAGGUAUUUCAAAUGUCAUCGAGAAGGCAGAGACUUCUCUUGGAAUCCCUAGUCCCCAUGAAAUUUCAACUGAAGUCAAGUAUGUAGAAGGAGAGACAAAUGCCAAAGAGAAUAAAAACUCCUCCCCAGUGGCCGGGCCGUUUGGUGUAUUCUCGACCAUCUCUACUGCUGUUCAGAGCACAGGAAAGAGCGUUAUCAGUGGGGGUUUGGAUGCCUUAGAAUUCAUUGGAAAAAAGACAAUGGAUGUGAUAGCAGAAGGAGAUCCUGGAUUUAAAAGAACCAAGGGUCUGAUGAACCGAAAUGCUACACUAUCUCAGGUUUUACGAGAGGCGAAGGAGAAAGAAGAGAUAUGGACCUCCAAUGAGGUUACCAUGGAAACAGACAAGAAAACUCAUUAUGGGCUACUCUUUGAUGAAUUUCAAGGCCUUUCACAUCUGGAAGCUCUGGAGAUGCUUUCCCGAGAAAGUGAAAUAAAGGUGAAAUCUAUCCUUAAUUCUCUAAGUGGAGAAGAAUUAGAGACUCUAAAACUUGAAUUAGAGCAUCUCAAAGAAGCAUUUUCUCUAGCAGAAUUUUGUGAAGAAGAGGAAGAAGAGAUAAAAGGGGAUGAAGAUUUUACCAAGGAGAUAACAGACCUGUUUUCCCAGCUGCACGUUUCCUCCAAACCAGAGAAACUUGCCAGGGCAAGAAAUACUGCCCACGAAUGGAUCAGGAUGUCUCUGACCAAGCCAUUAGCAGAGAAUGAAGAAGGAGAAAAACAGUUGGAAGCAGAAAACGCUGAGCAAGUCAACAGAAAUUCAAUAGAGGAUAUCCAUGCGUUUGCAAUCCGGAGCCUAGCUGAACUUACUGCCUGCUCAAUUGAACUAUUUCACAAAACAGCUGCAUUGGUUCUGCAUGGAAGGAAGCAGGAAGUGACAGCCAUAGAAAGGAGCCAAACUCUUUCCCAGAUGACAGUUGUGUUGUGUAAAGAGUUGUCCUCUCUGUCUAAACAGUUUACCACCUGCCUAACAACUGCUGGGGUUUGGCUGUUCUGCAUCUUUCACAUAAACAGGAUUAUACAGUCAAUGAAGUGGCAGAUGUCCUUAACCCAUUAAUCACUGCUGUAUUUCUAGAGGCAUCAAACAGUGCCUCCUACAUCCAGGACGCCUUUCAGCUACUCUUACCUGUGCUAGAGAUCUCUCUCAUUGAGAACAAGAUUGAAUCACACAGGAAUGAGCUGCAGGGCCCGAAGCCUUUGUUAGAACAUUGAAGAAUAGAGAAGUUUUGACCUGGGACUUGGGAUGGCCAAGAAAUGCUACCUUCUUCUGGUUACUCCUGCAGAAAUGAAGGAGUGAGGUUAUUUCAGUAGAUAAAAAUUCAGGCAGGAGAGAUGGCUUUUUAAAGAGGAAGGUUGUUGCCUUCAGUGUUUGAUUGAAGUGUUCAGAUCCUCACAGUAUUCUUUCCAGUUGUUACAAUUCAUAAAUUAUUUGAAAGAAAACUUGUAGAAAGUCCAAGAAUAAUAGCUCUAGAUAAAGAUUAGUGGGACACUCAGGCAAAAAAUGUUGGUCUGUCUUUGACAUAUUGCAAAAUGUUAUCAGUUUUUUCAUAGAUAUAAUUUUCAGCCCAUGGAUAUAAUGGGUCGAUGAGCUAGAGAAAAAUAAUUUAGUGUUCUAAAAUUCAUGGCAUGUGUGGUUUAUUAAUGCCAUGUACUGUCUCUUUUCUGGAAUAAAAACUAUGGCUUUAAGAAAACUGAGCAUAUGUAAACUCUGUGGUGAUUACCCUUUAUCACAUGAAUUCUUGGAAAUAGAAAGUUGCAUUUGCUUUUGAAAAUUGUUAGUAGAUUUUGGCAUUGAGGAGAAGCUGAUGGACUAUUAUACUUGUAGCCACAUGAAUUAACUAUAGCAAAGUGCCCGUUUUCUUCUAAUUGUUCCCCCGCCCCAGGAUGACGCACUUCAUGUCAUAGCUAAACCCUAUUCUACUGGAUUCGAGGCCAGUAAGUGCAAUUUAGAGAAGCAGUUUUAUGUUUGCAGAUAUUCUGAGUCUCUUCCGGAUGUGUUUCAUGUCUACCCUAUGUGCAGGAUAAAUUCUUAAGGAAUGUUGAAACUAUUUUAACAAUGAGUUUUUUUUGUUUGUUUGUUUGAGUAUUGAAGUGGGGCCAUGGCCCUUUAGAAAUGGUGUUCAUGAUAGGAUUUAACCUCUAAGGCACAAUUUAUUUUUUCCUCAUUCUUUUUUGUUUGUUUUACUGUAUUCUUUAGCAUGUUUUUGAAUACAACUUUUAUCCUCCAGAUUUAAGCCUUCUUUUGUUUUCUUCAGCAACUUAAGAGACUAUUAAGCUGUCGUCUUUCUAAGAGCUAUUUUGAUAUUCACUCUUUUAAAAAAAGUUCUCCAACUUUGUGAUUUUUAAUGAUUAAGGUAACUUGUUAGCUCUGCCCCUCAUCUUCUAAAACCUUUGUAAUAAAAUGUAUUAAUCAUGUUA